CCGCCGCUCAGUUUCAUUUCCCGGGCCGCCUCGGGGAGACCGUGCCGCACUCACUCCGGGUCCCCGCACGGCCCCUCCGGCCCCCCGAGCAGCGAGGCCAUGGCGGACCUGUCCCUGGCCGAGGAGCUGACGUGCUCCAUCUGCCUGGAGCUCUUCAAGGUGCCGGUCACCACGCCGUGCGGCCACAACUUCUGCGGGUCGUGCCUGGACGAGACGUGGGCCGUGCAGGGCGCGCCGUUCCAGUGCCCGCAGUGCCGCUCGGCGUUCUCGGCGCGGCCGCAGCUCCGCAAGAACACGGUGCUGUGCACGGUGGUGGAGCAGUUCGCGCAGGCCGAGCUGGCCCGCGCCAAGCCGCCCGACGGCUGGGCGCCGCCCUCCCGCGCCGCCGCGGCCGCCGCCGCCCCCGCCGGCCAGGUGGCCUGCGACCACUGCCUGAAGGCGGCCGCCGUCCAGACGUGCCUCGUGUGCAUGGCCUCCUUCUGCCGGGAGCACCUGCGGCCGCACCUCGACAGCCCCGCCUUCAAGGACCACCCGCUGCAGCCGCCCGUCCCGGACCUGCUGCAGCGCAAGUGCCCCCAGCACAACCGGCUCCGCGACUUGUUCUGCCCCGAGCACGGCGAGUGCAUCUGCCACAUCUGCCUGGUGGAGCACAAGACCUGCUCGCCGGCGCCCCUGAGCCAGGCCAGCGCCGACCUGGAGGCCAAGCUGAAGUAUAAACUGACGGUCAUGUACGGCCAGAUCAACGGUGCAGUGAGAGCGCUGGAGGAUGUGAGAGCCAGGCAGAAGGAUGUGCGGGAUGCUGCGCAGAAGAAGAUGGACCAGAUUCGACAAGAAUACCUGGAAAUGAAGGCGCUCAUUGACGCCUCCGAGGCCAGCUCCACGCGGAAAAUAAAGGAAGAGGAGAAGAGGGUCAGCAGCAAGUUCGACACCAUUUACCAGAUCCUCCUCAAGAAGAAGACGGAGAUCCAGACCGUGAAGGAGGAGAUUGAGGCUGCCCUGACCAAGGGGGGCGAGUUUGAGUUUCUGGAGAAAGCGGCAAAGCUGCAGGCUGUCUCAACGAAGCCAGUCUACGUCCCCAAGGUGGAGCUGAAUCAAGAGCUGAUAAAGGGCGUUUACCAGAGCACUGUAGACAUCAAAAACGACCUGAAGCGCUGCCUCAGGAAGUCCGAGGAGCCCAUCACCUCAGGGGAGCCUGCAGAGCAUGGCACGGCGCCCACGCCAAAGCCCACACGCCCCGUGAAGAAGGCCCCGACGAAAGAAGAAAAGAAACCCAAGAAAGUUCCCGCCGCUGCUGUCUCACCCAGCAAGCUUCCCACCUUUGAGUCCUCGGAGCAGUUAGUGGAUUUAAAACAAGCUGGCUCGGAGGCUGCAGCCAAACCCAGCGCAGUGCAGCCAAACUCGGCGGCUCUCAAGGCCAAGGUGCUGGAGAACUUCUUAGCCAAGUCCAGACCUGAGCUCCUGGCGUAUGCUGUUAAGGUCAUCCUGGACUACAACACCGCCUACAGCAAGGUGGCGCUGUCGGAGAACUACACUGUGGCCUCUGUGGCCGAAACUCCCCAGACGUACCGGCCACACCCCCAGAGGUUCACCUACUGUUCUCAGGUGCUGGGCCUGCACUGCUACAAGAAAGGGAUCCACUACUGGGAGGUGGAGCUGCAGAAGAACAACUUCUGCGGGAUGGGCGUGUGCUACGGCAGCAUGGCGCGCCAGGGCCCCGAGAGCCGGCUCGGCCGCAACAGCGCCUCCUGGUGCGUGGAGUGGUUCAACACCAAGAUCUCCGCCUGGCACAACAACGUGGAGAAAGUCCUGCCCACCACCAAGGCCACGCGGGUUGGCGUGCUUCUCAACUGCGACCACGGCUUCGUCAUUUUCUUUGCUGUUGCUGCCGACAAGAUCCACCUGAUGUACAAGUACAAGGAGGACUUUACGGAAGCUCUGUACCCGGCCUUUUGGGUGUUCUCUGUAGGCGCCACGCUCACCAUCUGCUCCAACAAGUAGGCAGGCCCUGGGCACUCUGGCCGACUGCCCGGGGGGUGCCCAGGACUCCAGUGAAAAGGCUGCAGAGUGGACUCAGAGAUCUUCCCUGACAGUUCCCAGGGGUUGCCAGGAUGGGAGGGGAGUUGGUGGGAGGUAAGAGGGUGGGGAGAUGGGAUAAGGAGGGAAUUGGGCCAGGGAAAGGCGUGGGGUGAUUGUCUUGGGAACAAGGAAGUGUUUCUACGUCCUGUUGCCCCUCAAGGCAGGCUCGCCCCCUCCCCUGGUUCUGGUCGAUCCCCAGGCUGCUGGGUGGCUGGACAGGGCUUUGGGGGUAAAAUCCUCAGAGCCCCUUUCCUCUCGGAGAACAGCUCAGGCCACUGCAGUCCUUUCUUGGGCCCCUUGGUGGAUGCCCCUAUGCUGUCUUCUGACCUUGGUGUUUUGAUUACUCUCUUUAGGGCUACUCAACUCUCUAGAGCAGCGACUUUCAAUCUUUUUUCAUCUCAUGGCACAUCAGCUAAUUGCUAAAACUCUGCCGCCCACCAAAAAAAUAUUUUUUGCCAAUCUGACAAAAAAAGAAAGAAAGAUAUAAUUUUGAUUCAUUCACACCGAACAGUUACUGUUCUAUUGGCUGUUGUCAUUUUUUUAAAAUUUGACCAUCUCAGGGAAAGAGGUUCAUGCUCCUGACUAAAUAGUCAGUUAUUGCAACGUUUUAAAAAUUCUCGUGGCACAGCAGUGUGUGCAGCACACCUGCUGGAAAUCGCUGCAGUAGACUGAAAAAAAAAAAAAAAAAAUCCAAGUCUGUGUUGCAACCUUAUUCACCCUGCCUUCCCGCCAGUACCCACAGGUAAGGCCUGGGGGUGAAUGCUCAGGUUCCUGGUUAUAUUUUGUGCUUGAGGGCAGGUCUCCACCCAGGACCAGAGUUUCCCC